UUAACUUUCAUUUCUCUCCUGAUUCACCAGAGGUCAGACUUAGAGACUGAAUCCUCAGGACGUUUAUUCUGGUCUCCAUUCGCUCCCAUCCACAGAUUCAGGAUCUCUUGGUUGGUGUCUGAAGGUGUUGAGAGCAAUUUAGAGGGCAGAGUUUGGAGGAAUUGAAAAGAAAACACCCUUCGUUUUGGUACCUGAGAAGAAGUGUCAGGAGUCAGGACAGACAGACAGAGGAUCACAGCAACAAUGGCCUCAUCAGUCCUGGGCAUGAUCAAGGAGGAGGUGACCUGUCCCAUCUGCCUGGAGCUCCUGAAGGAACCUGUAAAUGCCGAUUGUGGUCACAGCUUCUGCAGAGCCUGCAUCACACUGAACUAUGAGUCCAGCAAAGGCAAAGAAGGGGAGGGCAUCUGCCCUGUGUGCCGAGUGAGUUACCUGUUUGGGAAUCUGAGGCCUAAUCGACAACUGGCCAACAUAGUGGAGAGGCUAACAGGGAUCAAGUCCAGCCCGGAGGAGGAGCAGAAGGUGAAUGUCUGUGCACAACAUGGAGAGAAACUCCAGCUCUUCUGUGAGAAGGACAUGGUGGCCAUCUGCUGGCUUUGUGAGCGAUCUCAGGAGCACCGUGGUCACCAAACAGCUCUUAUUGAAGAGGUGGCCGAAGAGUACAAGGGGAAGCUCCAGGCAGCUCUGCAGGAACAGAUGACAAAUGAGAAAAGAUGUGAUGAAUGGGAAGAUGACCUUCAACAGGAGAGAACUUUCUGGGAGAACCAAAUACAGGGUGAUGUAGAAAAAGUUCAGAUGGAGUUUAAAGGACUUCGGGAAUUCCUGGACUCCAAGGAGAAGAAUGAGCUGCAGAAGCUGAAGCAGGAGGAGGAAGACAUUAUGAACAGCCUGGCAGAGUCUCAAAGUGAGUUGGUGAAGCAGACAAAGUCAGUGAGAGACCUCAUCUCAGAUGUGGAGCAUCAGUUGCAGUGCUCAACCAUGGAAAUGCUGCAGGGUGUGAAUUCUGUCCUAACAAGGAGUCAGACCUUAAGACUGAAACGGCCUGAUAUGGUCCCGAGAAAACAGAGAAUGAUCUUCCGAGCUCCAGAUCUGAAUGGCAUGCUGCAAGUGUUUCAAGGGCUCAUGGAUGCUCAACAAUACUGGGUUCAUGUGAACCUGAUUCAAGGCCACAAUAAAAACAUUUCCAUUGAUGAGGACAAAAGAGAAAUACAAUAUCGAAAUGUUAACAGAAAAAAUUCACAGACUUCUAAGACCUAUAAGAUGGGUGUCCUGGGAUACCCAGCUUUCCACUCAGGGAAACAUUACUGGGAAGUGGAUGUGUCUAGAAGUGAUUCCUGGCUCCUGGGAUUAAAUGAUGGAAAAUGUGCUCAACCCCAACUUCCUGCACCGAAUGAGAAGGGCAUCAAGGUCAAAUACAAUCCUGAUUAUAAACAAUACGUAAAUUUUCAGUCUAAAUAUGGCUCUGAAUAUGAUUAUGAUUUUGAUUACGGACAAUAUGACUAUCAGCCUAAAUAUAAAGUUAAAGAUGAUUCUGAUGUGAAACAGCAUGUAAAUUAUCAGCCUAAACAUGGCUACUGGGUUAUAGGGAUGAAGAAUGGGUCUGUAUAUAAUGCCUUUGCAGAGUGUUCUGUCACCCACAAUGCCAGUGUCCUGGUCCUCUCUCUGACUGGCCGUCCCCGUCGUGUUGGAGUUUUCCUGGACAGAGAAGCUUGUACUCUCUCAUUUUAUGAUGUUUCCAACCAUGGAGUUCUCAUCUAUAGAUUCUAUGAACCUUCCUUCCCCGAUGAAGUUUAUCCAUACUUUAAUCCUAUGGGAUCUUCAGAGCCAAUGACAGUAUGUGGGCCACCCUCCUAAACCCUCACCCAUAACUGCACAGUGCCCCAUGUCUGAUGUAUCUCAUAUGCCUGAGCUCCCUGGCAUCAUUAUAACUGUUUCUGCCUUUGCUCUUUCCUUUUAAUAAACUUCAGGUCUCAAUACAAACCAGCAUGGAUUCUUUUCCUUGAUCCAGUUGCUUGUCUGGUUACAAGGCAAUAAUUCAUCAUUUCCCAUAUUCCCAAAGAAAGUGACUCUUUCCUCAUUAGGUGAGGUGAAGCCUCUGCUAACCCCACUUCCUGUUUUGUGGUGCCACAGAGGGAAGGCAGGGCCUUGUGCAUGCUGAGGAGGUGCUCUACCACUGAGCCACUCGUCCCAGCUCUGCCAUGUCUGCACAAGCCCACUCCUUCUGCCCCGACAACGGAUGAAAGAAAGUUCUUCUCCAGCUUGUCUACUAGUUUUGAAAAUUAUAUGCAGGAGUCUCUAGCCUAGGAAUGAGCCCUUAGUGGUAUGUCGGGUUAACCACAAUGUGCUUCAUCCAAACUUAAGAAGGAAACAUCUGCAAUGGUACCCACUAAGACUGCGUGUUCAGAGUACCAGGUUCUAUUCCUGCCACUCCACACAGCACUGUAACCCUCACUAACAUCCUCAAAGGCGUAUCUUUAUUUUAUUUUUUGUUUACACUUUCGAUACAAAUAGUACACCUACACUGUAGGUUAGUGUAAGAAAAUAAAUGUGUGGUCUGUUAGAAGACUGAGAGUAAAAGCAAUCCUGAGGACAGUUCAAUCACUCCAAUCCACCUGGGAGAAGGAGGCAGCCAAUCCUCCAGAUUGUCUUCUACCUCCACACACAUGCUGCAGUACACACUGAUGCAACAUGAAUGAUGUAAGUUUUAAAUAGAGAAUAAAUUCACUAAAAAUAAAGCAUCCACUUCACACUCAGUAAAUGGUUGUUAUGUUAAUAUGGGAGGAAGAGGUGCUCUACUGGGUUUCCAUGCUACAGUGGCCCACUGGGCAGGGCUCAGGGGAUGACUAAUGUUUGACUUUCCUUAUGUCUUGCCGUUAGGUUCUGGGAACUGCCAUCAAAUCUACUCUAAUAUUAUGUACAUAUCUAUAAACAUGUUUUUUUGCAGAAAAGAACUGUUUUCCAUUGUAUAGUAAUAUAAGAUGCUAAAAGUAAAUGAAUUCAGAAUAGAAUAUCAAAGAAAGUUAAAAAAAAAUUUUUUUGGUUUUUGUGAAAUUCCAAUUCCAACAGGUCCGUGGAGCGUGCCUGUACCCCAAAAUCUCUCAGGGAUUUACAGUAGGAGUCCAGCUGGCAUUCCUAACUCAGGUGGAAAAACCUGGAUCCCCUUCAUAGAGACAUGAGGUCAUAUCAUUUUUAAAGUCAGCAAUUCUUUUCCUCCCUGACAGAAAGUUUGUGCCAACAUGUUAUUUUCUUGGCUGCCUGCCAGCUGAUAGACUAAGGGACCUGCCACCUCUGCUGCUGCCACAUUCCUGUUCCCUCCCAGCACUUCCCCUGAAUGAGGGGGGACUCUUUGGUAUUUGAACUGCUAACCCCUGCUUGCCCUCAAUCCAACUGGUGAAUGCAAAUUAAGUGAACAAUUCCUCCUCUGUAUGCAAAUUAGGUGUAUUUUGUUUAUUCUUUGGCUCUAAGCUACAUGUUAACUAUCCUGUUAGCCCAAUAAACAGGCUGCCUUGUAUGCACACUUCCUAGCUGUUCUUUGCUCAUACAUAAAGCCAUCCUACAACCUAGCCUAAGUUCUUCCCUGGGUCCUAAGACUGCCCAUGCACUAUGGAGUCUUGAGGUCAGGGGACAGAUAACAAGUUUUCCAAUUUGUUUUUGAGAGAGUAAGUGUUGUGGUACUAUUUAGUUCUUAUCAAGUAUGUUAAAUCCUAUGGUUUUCCCUCUUACACUGAAUGAUAGUGAUGACAAUGAUAGCAGUAA